AUGAGACAGCUAGACGUCCACAAUGCUUUCUUAAAUGGGCAUUUAGCUGAGACGGUUUACAUGAAGCAGCCACCGGGUUAUGAAGACCCGACACACCCAGAUCAUGUGUGUCACCUUCAACGGUCACUAUACGGACUUAAACAAGCUCCCCGGGCUUGGUUUAAGCGCUUACAUGACUUUUUAAUCUCUGCAGGUUUCUUAUCCUCCAAAACAGACGUCUCCCUGUUCCACUACUCAGCUGGCACAUCGCGUGUGUACUUGCUAGUUUAUGUCGACGACAUAAUAAUGAUGGGGAACGACUCUGUUCUUAUCUCUCAGUUGCUACAGCGUUUGUCCACUACUUUCAAAAUCCGUGAUCUUGGAGCACCAAGUUUCUUUCUCGGGAUCGAGACUUUGGAAGUACAGUCGGGACUGCUCUUAUCUCAGCAACGCUAUAUGAAAGACAUUCUCAACCGUGCCGGAAUGUUGGAUUGCAAGCCUUUGGCAACUCCCGCUGCAGUCACUCAGCUGGUAACUCCGUCGGAUGAACCGUUUGACAACCCGACGCAGUAUCGACGUUUAGUUGGGGCACUUCAGUACCUGACUAUCACGCGCCCGGAUCUAUCCUUUUCUGUCAAUAGACUGUGUCAGUUUAUGCAUUCACCGACCAGUGAUCAUGGGGGUCUAUUGAAGCGUGUGCUACGGUAUGUCAAAGGAACUAUCUCGUAUGGUUUGCGUCUUUCCGCUUCUGCUUCGACGACUAUACAUGGUUUUUCGGACUCGGAUUGGGCCGGUUGUCCCGUCGACAGGAAGAGCACUAGUGGGUACGCUGUAUUCCUGGGUGACAACCUCAUUUCCUGGCUAUCUCGGAAGCAACGCACGGUCGCCCGAUCCUCGAUUGAAGCUGAGUAUAAAGCUCUCGCCGACGUGUCAGCUGAGGUAACUUGGGUUGUUUCACUUCUUCGUGAACUUGGGCUACAUUCGGGAGAGCCGUCCACACUCUGGUGCGAUAACCUGGGUGCUACCUACCUUUGUGCCAACCCAGUGUUUCAUGCUAGGACCAAGCAUGUGGAGAUUGAUUUUCACUUUGUUCGAGACAAAGUGGCUUCGGGUGACUUGGUUGUUAAUUUUGUUUCGACGAAGGACCAGCUAGCUGACAUAUUUACCAAGCCAUUGCCAGGGCCCCGCUUUGCAGCUCUACGUGACAAGCUCAACAUUGUUGCUCACCACUCUUGA